AUGCCGGCAACCCCAGACACUCACGUGCGCGACCUCUACGACUCCCUCGCCGAGAAGGGUUUCUCCGACGGCGGCGAGAGCCCAGCAGCUUCUCCUCCCCUCGGAUCCAGCGAGUUCAAGGGCAGCGUCACUGUCCAGAACGUCGGACGCGCAAUCGCAAGCCGCGCAGCACGCACAGCACGCCGCGGCAACCUCCCCUUCCUUGUUAUCUUCCUCAUCGCCCUCUUCGUCUUCUUUGGAGCCCUAGCCGGCGUAGGCUACGUCGACCCCGACGCUGCCUCCGCCCUGCCCGAGAACGAGUUCAUCGUCGGCGGGCCAGUCUUCGACGCCUCCGAAGGCCAGCUCCGCGAGCUCCAGAUCCAGGAGCAGCGCGAGCGCGAGCAGCACUGGCUCAAGAAGCAGCGUCCCAACUCUGGUGCAUGGAUGCGCAAGCACCGCGAGGACGGCGCCGUCCGCGUGCGGCCCGGGCACAAGUCGGAGGCGUGGAUCGGCGACGAAGCGCCCGUCGACGGCGAGGUCAUCCCCAACCCCUCCUAA